ACACUCUGUCAUGCAGCAGUCAGACAUGGAUAAGUUUAAGACGGUUCUCAACAUUGUCAACAAACAGACCAACCUUGGUUUCGGGCUGGUGGCCCUGUUAACAGCAGGAGGGGAACAGAUCUUCUCCUCAACGAUGUUUAGGUGUCCCUGCAAUGAGAUGAACUUCUUGUACGGUAUGGUGUUCCUGUUGGUACCUGCUCUGGCUCUAUUGCUGCUGGGUUACAUCCUGAGUAUGAAGACGUGGAAGGUGUUGACGGGUCUGUGUCAGCACAGGGCCAAGCUGUGCCGCUGGAGACGGCUGACUGCCAACGGGAUGGUCCUCUUCCAAAUCAGCACCAUGGCGCUGGUGGCGCCUUCCAGCUGGAUUGCUGUAGCUUUGCUCAACGGGAACUACUACGAGUGUUUGAUGACCGGGACCAAUGUGAGCGCUUACAACAAGCAUCUGUGUGGAGAUAAGGACUCACAGGCCCAGUGUGUGAAGGAGCUGCUCAGGUUCCCCUGUGGGAGAGACAGCAGUGUACCACAGGCUGACAGAGAGGAUGUUCUGCUCACCCUGAGAGCUCAGUCUCAGAUUAUGGGUUGGCUGCUCAUCGCCGCCACCAUGUUGUCGAACCUGCUGCUGAUAUGUCUGGCUCGGUGCACCUCCCCCAUCAGCUACCUGCAGCUCAAGUUCUGGAAGGCAUAUGCUCAGGAGGAGAGUAACCUGAUUGAUUCAUACACCGCUAAACACGCCAAAGAGCUCGCUGAGAGGAACCUUAAGAGUUUCUUCAACCAGACACCACCUGAAACCAUCACGACCCCUUCCAACAAGGACUGGGAGAAGAUUUCCUCCCUCUACAAGUUUAGCACCAAAGAACAGUACUACAGUACCUUGCACUGGUAUGUGGAGAACUACCAGGAGUCCGGCAACAGGAUGAUGAGGAUGGCUUCGGUCAAGACAGGCGAGGCUGAUCACAACCCUGUUGUUCUUAAUUUUGUAGAUGAUGGCAGAAUGGCACUGUGAGGAUUUUGUUUCAGCUUCAAAGGAUUGGGUUAGGGUUAGACCAGUCUGCUGAUAUAUGAGUUGUACUGAGAUCAUCAGUGAAUUGCACACAAUGCAGGUUUGGCACAGGAAUCUAUCAAAAGAGCCAAGGGGCAUUGAGAGAUGAAAGACUUGUGCUUUGUAUGGGUGAAGACUGUCUAAAGAGUCACCUCAUAUAUUUCUCUCAUAGGAAAUUGUAUUUGCCUAAUUAUUAAGUAGACAAUCUAGCGUAGCUGUACAAUUGCUCCUUGAUUGUUCAGGCUGAACUAUCAAAUGAACACCAAAUGAACACCAAAUACCAUGUCUAUGUAGGCUUAAACAGGAAAUGUGUCACCUUCAUACAUUGGUUGCAAGAGCUUACCACUUCCUGUGCACUGCUGGUCGACUGCAUACAUACAUGCAAACAUUCAGCAUAUGAGCAACAGUGAUGAAAAGAAUGUAGUUCUUUUAAACAUGUGACACCCUGUACAUUUUCAUUGUUCAUUCAAAAAAGCAAACUGGUAACUGUAGUGAUUGUGUUAGUGCCAACAGAUAAUGAUGUUUCUUGUGUGCAGAGGAUGUUUCAUGACUUACUGUAUAAUGCCCUCAGAGUGUUGUAGUCUGAGUAGUCACUCUUGUGGGAAUGGAGAACAGAAAAAUCAUCAAGAGGAUGUGAUCAGCUCCCCACUCCACUCUGACUGCCUCUCUCUGUCUCUGCAACAAUGGUCUGUUCUCUAUGGAAACAUUUCAAUAGAAUGAAUGAAAGCUCUCUUUCUGCAUGAUUUAUUGUAUGUAUGCCUUUCCUCUUUGCACGUUUCAUCAUUAAAAAUAGUAGAUUUCAUCAUUGUUGAAUGCAAGUGCUGCUGACAAGAGAAAAAAAUCAAGUUGCCAUACUUAUUUCAUGUAAAGAAACGACUGCUUCUCAUAAAAGUGAACAGAAACAGGAAGGAUGACACUAUUUCAGUUCCUUUGGUGUUUUAUUGUUUUCUGUUUCACACUGCAUUCCAGAUUACAUCACUGUCAACAGACUGGUGAUCAAACCAGACCAGCAGUAUUUUUCCUCAUGAGUACCUCAAAACUGUCAGAGCAGGAAAGACAAACAUAUAAAGAGGCAUGUAAAUGUGAACAAAAAAGGGAAGGGGCAUGAGGAUGUAACUUUUUACCACUGGGGCUUUACCUUUCCUUUUAGUGGCAGCACAGCAGGGACUCUCCUUUGGAGAAGAGUACAUUUGGUGAAUAAAGAGGUAGUGGGUGCGAGGGAGCAUCUUACUGUCUGAAGGAAGAGCCUGAAGAGAAUCAGCCGAAGGGCGGGUUUGAGGCAGGCUUGGCAGUUGUGUUUUGUCUACAGCUGUGAAACAAUGACUAGGGAAUGACUGCAGGCUUUAAAGACACUCAGCUUUUUCACUUUUCACUCCUUGUUGUUGUCUUUCACUUGGGGUUAAUUUCUUGUAGAGCAGGUCCCC